CGCCAUGGCAAGCUCAUCGACCACCCCACUGACACCCACACAGGUGCUUUUGAAAAGCGCGACCAUCGUCUCGCAAGGCGCUGAAGCAAAAGUCUACAAAGCCUACCUCCGACAUCAUGGCCUCGGCAAAACCGCUAUUUCUACGCGCACCGGCACCGGAGAUGUCAGCGACGUCCAAAAUAACGAGAGCAGUGGCUCGGAGCUCGACGUUGCCCCGGUCCUGAUCAAGUACCGGUUUCCGAAACAGUAUCGGCAUCCGUCGCUCGACGGCUCGCUCACUCGGGCACGGGUAGCUGGCGAGGCACGGGCGCUGCUGCGAUGUCUAAGGUCGGGCGUGCAAGUCCCCGGGAUCCGCUUUGUCGAUGCUACAGAGGGUGUGCUUGGCAUUGAAUGGAUAGAUGGAAAAAGUGUGAGGAUGUUGCUCCCCGGUGGCGCCGAGGCGGAAGAUGAUGAAGGCGUGGGCCCCGGUGACGACGAGCAGGUGGACGAGGCAGAGGAUGAAGCAGACGAGGUAGAUCCACUGGUUGAGUUCGGGGUUUCACGAGACCAGCUCAUGUCAAUGAUCGGGACGGAGAUCGCUAAGAUGCACCAGGCCGACAUCAUCCAUGGCGACCUCACCACGUCAAACAUGAUGCUCCGACGUGAAACGGGCGACUUGGCCCUAAUAGAUUUUGGACUGGCAUACCACUCGACGCUUACAGAAGACAAGGCUGUUGACUUAUAUGUCCUUGAGCGCGCUUUUGGUUCGACACAUCCAGACUCGGAGCCCAUGUUCUCUUCGGUGCUCGAGGCUUAUCAGAAAUACAUGGGUAAGGACUGGAACGUGGUUAAGAAGAGGCUUGAGGAUGUGCGUCUACGAGGCAGAAAACGCAGUAUGGUCGGCUAGAAGUUCAGUGCAUACAAAAACAACCUGUAUCAUCUCCAUUGUAUCAACCAUCUGCUUCAUCGCUAUGAUGUUUCUUCUCUCUCUUGCUCUCAAACAG